AUGGCGACCGAAAUUGAGGACGACGAAGCUUGGCUUUAUGGAGAUUCCAAGAAAGAUGAAGAAGAUGAAGUAGAACCGGCUGUGCCAGGUACGGCUGACAGUAGGCUGUCUGCAGAUGCUCCUGAAUUUGAGCCUAAAGAAAAGUCGCCAGAUGAUACAGAGGGUGGUGAGCAGAGUGGUGAUGAGCAUGCUCCUGAAGCAGAGGAGGGUAUGGAAGAAGAGGCACCUGAGGGGGAAGAACAAGAAGAGGAGGAAGAUGAGGACUCUGAUGAUGAUGUGCAGAUUACAAUCGGAGAUAUCAAAAGUGGCCCAGUCGAUGCUCCUGCAAGGUUUAAAGCAGGUGCUGCAUACCAGAGAACUGCAUCGGUUGUCGCUGCCGCAGCUAAGAAACCAUCAGAUGGAAAAGGCGUUGAUGUGGAUACUCCUGGUGCCAUAAAUGGCGUCCAAAUCUACGAGUUUGACCUUGAGACAAUUCAGGAGAAGCCAUGGCUGAAACCAGGUGCUGAUUUGACAGAUUAUUUCAACUAUGGAUUCAAUGAAGAAACAUGGAAAAAAUAUUGUGAAAAACAGAAAAGUGUUCGCUUAGAAUACAAUCCGGGUAGUUUGCAAAAGCCAUUAAUAUACAAUACACAUUCAGCGACUGGCCAGCCUCAUCACAGUUAUGAAUCACGGACGGUUACAACUGUACAGACGGAUGAAAACAAGAAUCCUAAUAACAGUGUAGUUACCGUAACAGUUCCAAGAAAGGAAGAGCAACAACAAUGGCGAGCUGCACCACCACCACGGCGUAAAUUUUCUGGUACGAUAGAUGUAAUAGGAUCAACAGAGAGAGAUUCACGGAGGCCACAAAAUUAUUCAAAUAUACCUGUGGCUGGCAGUGGGGGCAAUGACUAUAAUUCCCAGUCCUAUGGAGCCCCGGCCAGUACCAUUCCAUCACAUUCUGCUCCACCUCCUCAGCCUAACUUUAGUGCACCGCCCCCAAUGAUGCAUCAGGCUCCUAUGCCGAACUAUAAUGUACCUCCGCCAAACAUGCCACCACCACAACAGCAAUACGGAGGACAAGGACCCCCUGCAGGAUAUUACGGCCCGCCUCCAGGUCAAGGCGGUCCACCACCUCAAGGACCACCACCUGGUGGCUAUGACUACGGUGGCUAUGGUGGGCCACCACCAUCACAACAACCUAAUUAUGGUCCUCCUCAGCAAUAUGGAGGUGGGCCUCCGCCACAGGCUCCUUACAGGUCGCCUGAUCGAAGCUCGCCCCAACGUCAUUGGGAUUAUAGUGGUCAUCCUGGUGGAAGAAGUCCAGAUGAUUAUAAAAGUUCCAGUCGCGACCACUACAGAGAAAGGUCAAGGUCAAGGGAACGUGAUCGCCCAGAACGGAGAUUCAAGGAACAUAAAGAACAUAAGAAGAGGAAAUAUGAAGAGGAGGAGAAUGGCCACAAAACAAAACAUAAGAAGAGCAGACGAUCGAAAAAGGACCGGGAGGGAUCUGCUGAGCCUGCUAAGACAUAGUUGUUUUCUGAGAAUCGUAACCGUUUGUCUAUAUUGUUGGACACUUAUCCUGUUUGAACUCUUGACUGCUUUUACCAAUAUUGGGUCAUCAACCAAGCUGUAUUGACAGAGAAUAUUGUUCGAUCUGCUUGGUGAGUAUCAGUACCACCAGGUCAGGUUGCUUCACCAGCUUUGACAUUUCAUCCAACCUAGCUGUCUGGUGCCGGUAGUGAAUUAUAACCAUUAGUUUGAUACUAAUGAAGGGGGAGAGUAGUCGUGGUAUAGGUACCGGGUAUGUACAACAUGUCAUGGCAAAUAAACGCAUUUAUUUGUAACCUAAUACAA